ACACGCAAGGCAGGAAUGACACCCCUUGCUUGCACUCGAUAAGAACAUUCCCUCUCCCUUCUGACCACACCAUGGGAACGAGAUCCUUAAUUUCACUCGUAUAAGGUGGUCUCGGCAAUGGAGAUGAGAUUAGCAGGUUCGACAGGGAGAGAGGAGGUCAUCCCUAUUGCUUUGUAGAUUCCUGUGCUUGCCACUCUUCUUACCGGGAGGAGAAGGAUGGGAGCCCUUCCCCAACUGAUCGGUGACCGGAGGAGAAACUUCCAUCCUAGGGAAGAAGACAUUGGCCCUGUGAUCGAAGAGAUCGAGGGGCUCAUCAAAGUCUACAGAGAUGGCCAUGUCGAACGCCUGCCCGCUGUCGUCGAGGUUCCAUGCACGUGGGCCCCUGAGCCUGACGUGGUCAGCAACGACGUGGCCGUCGGCCACUCCGCCGGCCUCUGGGCCCGGUUCUACGUGCCUGAGCUCCGGAAGCAGAAGCUGCCCUUGCUCGUGUACUUCCAUGGCGGCGGGUUCUGCGUCGGCUCCGCUUCAUGGAGAUGCUACCAUGAGUUUCUGGCCCGUUUGGCCUCGCAGGCGAGUUGCGUGGUCCUCUCGGUGAACUACCGUCUCGCCCCGGAGCACCGCUUGCCCGCGGCCUACGAGGAUGGCCUUGCGGUGAUGAGAUGGGUGAGGCAGCAGGCGAGCCAUCGAGGUCCGGACGAGCUCGGAUGGUGGCGUGCCUGCUGCGACUUCGCUCGUGUGUUCCUCGGCGGAGACAGCGCCGGCGCGGCCAUAGCCUACAACGUGGCCGUGCAGCUGGGAUCGCUCGGCGUGCCGGCCUGCCUCAGGGGAGUGAUCCUGAUCCAGCCUUUCUUCGGUGGGGUGGCUCGGACCUCGUCGGAGAAGAACACGAUGCAAUCUUCGAGAUCAGCGCUUAGCUUGACGACGUCGGAUUGCUACUGGAGGAUGGCGUUGCCGCCGGGCACCGAUCGGGACCACCCCUGGUGCAACCCCCUGGCCAAGAGCUCCCCAAAGCUGGAGGACUUGAGGCUUCCUCCUCUGCUAGUAUGCGUCUCAGAGUUGGACAUACUAAGGGACAGGAACUUGGAGCUCUGCGAGGCCAUGAGCAGCGCAGGCAAGAGUGUGGAACAGGCAAUCUUUGUUGGAGUUGGGCAUGCCUUCCAACUGCUCCACAAUCACCAUACAUCUGACGCCCGGACCAGUGAGAUGCUAACACAUAUUAGGGCCUUCAUCAACAACAGUUAAAAGGUAGAGAUGUUUUGUCGGUACCGAAUGGAGUACGUACAUCAGGAAUGAUGGGAUAUAAACAUGAAUAAAUUUUAUAUAUGAACAAAUACUAGAAAACUGUAGCGGAAUUAAAUGGAACCACAAUCAAAUAGAACAUUUCUUUAAUGUGAAGUAUAAAAAUCACGGGAUAAACUAGAGAUAAUUCACUAUGAGAAUAAAUUUCUUGCCCUAAACCCUAGCAACAAUCACAAGAGAAUAACUAGGAUACAAGGAUCACGUCACUGUUUAUAAUAUCUAAAACCUUCAUAAGUAAUCACAGCAAGAGUCUACUGUAGAUUUGAUCUAACUUGAGAUGAGAAUACUGUUAGAUGAUUGAGAACAGCCUAUCUGUGUUGUCCUUAUCUUCUUUCCUUUCUUUCUCUUCCUUUUGUGUUGUCUUGUCUUCUUCCCUUUCUUUUUUUUUUUUUUUUUUUUAUUCUUUUCUCCCACGUUGCUGUCCUAUUUAUACUUUUUUCUAUCUCCAAAACGUAACCAUCACACCCCAUAAUGUUAAUUAGGGUUAGGUUAAGAGGAGAUGUGAGCUAUGGACUGCCCAAGCCCACUAUAGGUUGAAUACGUGAGUUGCCAGCCCAACGAGGAACACAAGCAAGAUUGAGUUAGAAGGGUUGCUUGUACAAAGAAAUACAUACGUGCUUCAACAAACCAACUUCAACUUGUCUUUGUUUAGUUUGAUGACACGAACGUCUGGAUUCCAAGUUUUGGGCUGCUUCAUGUGAUGCAACAUGGGAUCCAUUACACUGGAAUCCAUGACAGAGUACUCUGCACCCAAAACAAAG